AGCAGGGAAGCGGCAGCCAGCCGCCACUGUUCGUUUGAUAUCAUCCACGGUACCGGGCGGAGAGGAAGAAGAAGAGCCGGGGAGGAGAAGAGACGCUCGUCGAGGGAAGAGUUGAGGAAAGACAGCAGUCUACUGUGUGUACCGUGACAAGUCCGAGACAAGACUUCUCCACCCGACACGCGUGGCACUGUCACACACAGACACACACGCCAUGGACGGUUGUGCCAGGACCGAAGACGAGCUGUUCUCCUCCUGCCUUCUGAACCUCACCUGGGAGAAUUGCUACGAACAGUGCGCUGCCUUGGUUGGUGAAGACCAGCCCCUCUGCCCAGACCUCCCUGAACUGGACCUCUCAGAGCUGGAUGUCAGUGACUUAGAUGCAGACAGCUUCCUGGGCGGCCUCAAAUGGUACAGUGACCAAUCAGAGAUCAUUUCCACCCAGUAUGGCAAUGAGGCGUCCAAUCUUUUUGAGAAGAUAGAUGAAGAAAAUGAGGCCAACUUGCUGGCAGUGCUUACAGAGACCCUGGACAGCAUCCCGGUGGAUGAGGACGGAUUGCCUUCAUUUGAGGCCCUGGCAGAUGGGGACGUGACCAAUGCCAGUGACCGGAGCUGUCCCUCCUCCCCUGACGGCUCACCACGCACCCCAGAGCCUGAGGAGCCUUCUCUGCUGAAGAAGCUCCUUCUGGCUCCCGCAAACUCCCAGCUCAGCUAUAAUCAAUACACAGGUGGCAAGGCACAGAACCAUGCAGCCAGCAGCAACCACCGGAUCAGACCACCACCUGCCGUCGUCAAGACGGAGAGCCCCUGGAAUGGCAAAGCAAGAGGGGGUUCCGGCUUACAGAACCGCCCGGUGAGGCGGCCUUGCACUGAGCUGCUGAAAUACCUAACGGCCACCGAUGACAUCCUGCUCCACACCAAAGCCAGUGACGCCAAGAGCACGUGGGGUGGUGCCAGUGGCAGAGACAAGAGUGGCCUGGGUCUCGGCGCCUCUUCCUCCUCCUCUUCGCCGUCCUCGUCCUCCACCUCCUCAUUUUCCUCCCUCUCCUCCACCUCCUCAUCUUCCUCCACCGCCUCCAAGAAGAAGUCAGCUGUGUCGUCUCAACAGCAGCAGCAGCAGCAGCAGCAGCCGCAUCACCAGCGAGGUGAGAGCCAGGCUGCAGGCAAGGGUAGUGUGGCUGGUGUUGGGGCUGGGAAGUGGCAGCAUUGCACUCACGAUGGCGGUAUUGAGGAGUCGGAAGGUGCUUCUAUCUCUGUCAGCCACAGAACCUCCACCUGCGGCCAUGCCUGCCCCAAACUGGAGCACGGGCUGCCCAGUGAAGAAGGAAGGCCGCCAGGCGAUGUGGCCCGCCUGGCCGCCGCUAGGUUUAUUAGGUAUAUGCAUUCUUAUUCCCUCCCUCCCAGAGAGGUGAGUCACAGCUGUGAGCAUUGCCGAGAGGCUGUGGGCGCCACUCAGGCUAGUAAGGGCUUUGGCAGACAAGGCCGUAGCAAGAAUAGUGGCGCUUGCCGUGCACCACGUAGGCACAUCAGAGUGACUAUUAAGAAAAGAGAUGAGAAGCCAGGGCACCCCUUACUUAGCCAGCUGCUCACCUCCAAACAGAGACCUGCUCAGUAUUUGGCCCACUAUUCACAACCUAAGAUCACUCCUUUGCCCCUCUCUCUGGGCAAAUUGACAGGUAAGCGGUACGAGACUAAAUCCCAGGCUGGUUCAAAGGUGGAGGUGGAAAAGUUCAGAGGUACCACUGAUCUUAAAAACUGUGGAGCAAAUCAGGCUAAGAAGGUGGACUUGGUGCCCAUGUUGUCACCUCUUGCCUUAGACUUGGAGAGCUGGGUUAGCCAGUCAGAUCCAGGGCUAGACAUUGGCUUUGGACUAGAACUGGAUUGGCCAAUCCAGGGGGGCAUUGGGGAGGAUGUUGACCAUGGUGAUGAUUACGAUGGUGUUGAUGGUGUUGAUGAUGAUGACCAUGUCAGGAACAGCCCCACAGCAGGGCUCUCACAGGGCCCAGCAAGCCCACUCUUCCCAGAUACUAGAAAUGCAGAGCCCACCCCUCCCUGCAUCAUACAAGGGCAAGGGAACCCACACAGGCAGGCGCUCAGCGAGCACCCAGACGACCAGGGCCACCCGUUGUUAGCCAAACCAACCACCUUGCCACUUCCUUUGACCCCAGAGUCUCCAAAUGACCACAAGGGAUCACCGUUUGAGAACAAAACCAUUGAACGCACAUUAAGUGUGGAGAUCGCUGGAACCCCAGGUCUGACACCACCUACCACGCCCCCACACAAAGCCAGUCAAGAGAAUCCUUUCAAAGCAUCGCUCAAAACCAAGUUGUCUUCAUGUUCCUCCUCGGCCUUGGCAUGCAAAAGAGCCAAGUUGACCGAGUUGGGCCCCAGCGCUCUGGCUCCGGCCUCAGGUGCCUCAGGCGGGGGCCCCAACAGGAAGGGUCCUGAACAGACUGAGCUUUAUGCCCAGCUGAGCAAAGCGUCCACCACCCUCCCUUACCCCGCCACCCAACGCACAGUGGCGGGCAGUCUUGAGGAGCAUCGCAGUACUAGCAACAAUAAGCGGGUGGCGCCCCGUGGCUACAGUGACCAUGAUUAUUGCCAAGCAUCAGCUAGGAAGGAUGGCGGCGCAGCCACUGUUACCACGGCUGCAGCAGCGGAAAUGACAGUCACCUCAGGUGCCACUGCUGCUCCCAUGCCUGCUACAUGCAUAGUGGAGGACAGUCAUGUGGAAUGUAAGGACUCAGCCAUGCCACCAUCCUCUUCAUCAUCUUCAUCUUCUCGCGCUCCAUCAUCAACUUCAUCUGGUCCUUUGGCUAAGCAGCAGAAUUUUGCCUCUGUGGAUGGAGAAGCAGUUCAGGUCCAGGGGAAGCAGACACUUACACAAACCACUGAGAUUCCCUCACAAGAGGCAUCUACUGACAGGGACCAACAUCACCCUUCUGCCAUCAGCCGGAAGCUCCUAUGCGACCAAGAAAUCAGAGCAGAACUCAACAAGCACUUUGGUUACCCCUUAAAAAACCUCUACAGUAAGGGUGGUCAGGAGAGAGAAGCAGACAGCAAAGCAAACAAGGCUGCAGCCCUUCAGUCUCCUGAGGAGCGAGUGGAUGACUUCUCCUCCAAGAGGCAGUCUGGCUCCAGCUACCUGCAUCCAGGGUUCCUGCCCUUUCACGAUGAGCUUGAGCUGGGUGAGGGCCGUGAGAGUCGUUUCCUCUACCCAUGGGAGGGCACUCCUCUGGACCUUCUUUUUGACUGCCCCCCCUGCUCCCCCUCCUGUUCCCCACCAUCCAGCUGCUCCCCUUCUCGAGGCUCUGUCUCCCCACCUUCCUCUCUCCUCCUCUUGCCUGGCAGGCCUUUCUACUGGACCAGUAGUGGGUCCCGCUCACGUUCUCGUUCCCACUCUGGCUCCCGAAGCUCCUCCUCACAUUACCGCAGGCGCUCCCUCUCCAGCUCACCGGACAGACGUCCCUCCUCCUGGUCUCGUCACAACACAGAUUCAAGCACUUUUCGUUCCCGGACUCACAAGAGCCCCCACCCUCAGUCUCGAUCUCCUCUCAGCCGCAGGCCAAGGUAUGACAGCUAUGAGGAGUACCAGCACGAGAAGCUGAAGAGGGAGGAGUACCGCCGGGACUACGAAAAGCGGGAAUUCGAAAGAGCCGAGCAGAGAGAGAGGCAAAGGCAGAAAGCAAUAGAGGAGAGACGGGUGGUGUACGUUGGUCGACUGAGGUCCAACUGCACCCGGACGGAGUUGAAGCGCCGCUUUGAAGUGUUUGGCGAAAUUGAAGACUGUGCAGUGAACUUGAGGGACGAUGGGGACAAUUUUGGCUUCAUCACGUACCGCUACACUUGUGACGCCUUUGCCGCCCUUGAGAACGGACACACCUUACGCAGGUCAAAUGAGCCUCAGUUCGAGCUGUGCUUUGGCGGACAAAAGCAGUUCUGCAAAUCACAUUACACAGACUUGGAUUCCCAUUCGGACGACUUUGAUCCAGCCUCCACCAAAAGCAAGUAUGACUCCAUGGAUUUUGACAGCUUGCUGAGGGAGGCCCAGCGCAGCCUGAGAAGGUAACCAGUUCAGUGGCACCUGCUGUCUGUCACAAAGAGGGACGUCUUAUACCUCACUGUUGUUCCCCGCCCCCUUUGACGACGAGACUACCAGAAGUUUUACACUCUAUGUCAUAGAGUAUAUGAGAAUAAGUCUAUAGACCUAUAUCAAUAGAAAUGAAUAUAUCAAGAAUAAAGUUUACAUGAAUAUAGCUGCUGAAGAGCUGGAAAGAGACAGUGCAUUGUGGGAAAAGCCAAUGAACCCUCAGAACCUGGUGCACGUGAUUGGUGCACUCUACUGCUGUACAACCAUGAGUGAAAGAAGAAAAAAAAAGACGUUUUUUUUCUUCCUCUCCAAGUACGACAAUGCCCACGAAUAUUUUGGGUGAAAACAUGCAGCUUGUUCAGCCAGAUUUGUUUUUCUUCUUCCUCUUACCUGUUUUGCUGUUGAUUUUUUCUUUUUGUUUUUAAAUCUGGUGUUUGGAUCUGGUGUUACAUUACAAACAAGAGUAUCGGGGAAUUGUCUUUUUGGAGGUGAGAUUCUCAUGGUAACGUCGCCGUCUACAUUUUAUGGAGAAAUGUAGCAAGUGUAUUUACAAAAAUAAUAUUUUUAUUUUGUGUACAUAUCGGAUAAAGUUCUUUAUUUGUUACAGCUAUGCACUGUAAAAUGCAGCCUUUUUUAAAAAUAAGGAGAAAUUUUCUUAAUUCAGAAUGUCGAUCUGUAGUCAUUACAAUACUGUAAAACAUAUUGUACACCUACAUGAUGUUUCGAAGACAUGAUAUGAUUGUAAAAAAAAAAAAAAUGAGAGAGGAAAAAAUAUGUGUCCAGUUGCUCAUUUUGAGGGAGCAUGUGAACAAACGUCCUUUUUUAAGUUAUUUUGCUGGGGGAAAAAAAGAACUGUCAACCAUGUAUAGUUUUCUCUGUUUAUAAUGUUUCUCAAUCAGUGUUUUUGCUUAUACAACCAGUCUAAAAUGCAUUUUUAACGUGUUUUUUCAUGAUUGUAAAAAAAAAAACAGUUCCCCAUUUUUUUAUCAAUUAUUUCCGAAGCAAUCAGUAUAUAUAUAUACAGAUCUAUAUCUCAGUUUGAUUUUUAUUGCUUUGUCUGCUUUUUUUUUAAAUGAUCCUCAGUGAGAGAGAGAAGACACUUCAUUCAAAUCUUUUUCAAAUCAUUACAAACACAUAUUUAUCUAUUUAUUUUAAUAUUUGAAUCAAAGAAAAACAUAUUUAUGGGCUCCAUUUCACGUGGCGUACCUCAUGAAAUUGACUAUUUAUGUCGUCUGAUUCUGAUUUGUGUUAUUUAACGUGUAAUCACUAGACAGGGUGUACAAUAAAUGGUUUGGUGGGGAUAAUACAACCUUCUAUGCCUUUCUGAAACAAUCAGAACAUUCAGCUAAUCACUCCAGCAGCCAACCCCUCAUCAUAUUUGUGAUUUUUGUCUCCGCUGUCCAGCACAUCGCUGGUUGUCCUUCACACACACACACACUCACAUGCAGAACAUGAAGCAAUAAAAUGAUUUUGCAGGAA